AUGGACCCGGCAAAAUAAUAUUUAGUUAAUUGUGUUUAGGCUCUUCUUAAUUUGCCUCAAACUCCUCAAGGUUUAGCUACAGGGUAAACAUUAGAUAAAUUUAUGAUUGGUUAAGAGAAACAAUGUUUAAUUCUUUAAUACAUGUAAGGUUAAGGAUUAAAAUUAUUUAAUCCUAGUAAAGUUGGUAAAAUGAAAUGCAAUAUUUAGAUGAAUUAAAUCCAUAAACUAAAUUGAUUGCCAUAACUAAAAUUGAAACAGAUGUAAUAACUGAGGAUAAUUAUUUUACUAAUCUCACAGUCUAAUUAUUAUCACCUAAUGUAGUAACAGAAUUAAGUAAUCAUUUAUCAUUGAUCUAUUAACCAUUAAUGGGAGCUGGUGUUGAUGAUAAAAUUAAAAAAAAGUUAUCAGGAUUCAAGUAAUAAAAUUAGAUUUAAAUUAUUAGGCAAGUGUUAUAAGGACUUUAAGAUAAUGAUUUAGAUAAUAUAUAAACAGAAUAGAGAAAUGUUAGUCGACCAAUUGAUGAAAUAGAAUAAUGGUUGAGAAUUUCAUAAUCUGCAACAAGUUCAGAAAGUUAAUAAAGAACAGCAAAUCAAAUUUGUCAGAUUUACUAAAAGGUUACAUAACUAUGGAAAGAUGUUAAAUAAUUAGAGAUAAACAAAUUUUCAGAUCUGUUGGAUCAAACUUUGGUAUGUCUUGAUGAGUUAUUCACUUAACAGUUAUAUAAUGAAUAAAAACUAUAAGUGAUGUUAUCCUCUAUUUAUAAUUAGAUUAUAAUCAAAUUAUAACACUUAAUACCAUAAGGAUAAUAAAUUUUUAGUAAUUCUUAAUAACAAAAACUUCUUUUAUUGGAAUGUUAAAAAAUGAUUAGAAUGUUCGGAGAAAAUUUAAGGAAAUACUUUGAAUAUGAUUGGAAAAUUAAUCCUAAUAUGCAUGAAUUUGAAUAAAUAGAGAAGAGAUUGAGUGAUCUAAUUGAAUUGAAAAGUAUUUAUGAAGAAUUAAAGAGAAGCAAUUUAGACUAAGAUUUCUUUAAAGAACUAUUUGAGAUUAAUCCAUUUAUGUCAAUAGGUUAAGAUUCUUUGUUUAAUGUUGCUUACAAAAAAGUACUUAAUAAUUUAGAGAGUGCUGAAUAAGAAAUCUUAAAUCUUUUAAGAUAAUAGAUUUUUAAAUAAUAAGUAAUGAAGGAGAAUCCAUUAUAAACUAUUAGAGAGAUGCAAAGAUGGACUGGAUUAUUAUCUAGAAAUUCUAUAUAGAAACAUUUUUUAACAGAACGUGAUUCAUUGAUAACUUCAAUUACAAAUAUGAUUUCUAAAAUUGAAUAAGAAUUUAAUACUAGAUCAGGAGCUGCUUUUCUUGAUGAUGGAGAUGAAGAGAAAUUACCUUAUUAAAUUGGAUUCACUAAAAAUAUACAUUAAAUUGUAUGGUGUAAAUCAUUGAUUGGUAAAGUUAAAAGAAUCAUUUAAUUAAUUUAAUAAUUAUUUAAUGAUAUUAAAAAAUCAGCUCAAUUUAUUGUUAUGUGUUAAAAUCUUAUAAAAUAAGUAUAAUAGUUUGAAUAAGAAUUAUUUGAUUAAUGGAGAAGAGAAAUUGAUUAAUAAUUAAAGUAGAAUGAAAUAUCUUUACAGAUUUCAGGAAAAUUGAUGGAAAUUGAUAUGUAAGAUGGUUUAGUAAGAGUUAAUUAUUCAGAUAAAUUAGUAUAAUUAAUAAAGGAAGUGAGAUAAUUAUGUGAACUUGGCUAUAGAAGAAAUAUAUCAAAUGAAAUACAUACAAUUGUAGAAACAGGAAAGAAAUUUUAUAAAGAAGCUCUUACUUUGAAAUCUAUAGCAAGUUUCUAUAAUUAAAUGUCUGAUUAAAUUAUUGAAUGUUAAAAACCUAUGUUAAUCAAUUAAGCAGUAAAAUUUGAAGAUACUGUAAAAAAUUCAAAAAAAAAAAAUAGUAUCACUUGGGAAAACACUCAAGAAUUAGAAAAUUAUGUUUAAAAAGUUUAAGAAUCUGCUAAUGAAAUUAUGUAAGAAAAUAAAAGAUUAAGAAAAAAUCAUUAAUAAAUAAUUGAUAAUGUUUGUAUUUUAUUUUAGAUUGAAUUGAAAUAAAAGAAUUUAUGGAAAGAGAAAGUUGAUUAAAUAAAAAAAAUAAUUGAUUAGACAUGCAAUAAUAUUGAUGGUAAAUUUACAGUUGGAUGGAGAACUCAUAUUGAUUUUUAAUUAUAUAAGGCUUUAGAAUUUUAAUAUAAGAAAGGAUUCUAAGAAAUGGAUCAUGCUAUUAAUGAGAUAUAAGCAGAUCUUAUUAUUAAAAAUGGUUAGGUUGUAUAUAAGCCAUCUAUUGAAGAAUUAAGAGAAAAAUACUAUAAUGAAUUAAAAAAAUAUAUAUAAUAUCCAUCUUAAUUUAUAGGUGUUGGAGGGAAUAAUGAUAUUUAUAUGUUGAUGCCAGAAAGGAAUGCUGUAUUUGUUAUAUAAGUUUAUGAGAAAAGUGAAUAGAUAUUUGAAAAAUUAAUUAGUUUAAGUAGUCAAUAUAUGAGUUGGUCAGUAGUUGCAUUAUUAGAUGCUGAACAAUUAUAAUUAUAAUUGGGUAAUUUAGAAGAAUGGGAAAAAUUCAUGAAAGAGGUUAGAUAGAGAAGAAAAGAAUUAGAAAAAAUUAAUGAUUAUUAAAAGAUUGAAUGCUUUAAUAUUAAUAUAAGUAUGUUUAAGUAAUAAAUUGAUGAAUUAUUAACUAAAUUAGUAGAUAAUAUGUUAAAUGAAUUAAAAAAUUAAAUUAAAAAUAAUAUAAUUGAAAUUGAAUUAUUUUUAAGUGAAACAUAAUAGAAAUUAUCAUAAAAACCAUAAAAUAUGAAUGAAAUGAAUGAAGCAUAAAAAAAAUAUGUUGAUAUAAAAGCAUAGAAAUUUGAAAUGACUUAAAAAAUGCAAGAUUGUUAAUAGAAAUAAAAAUUAAUUAAUUCUUUAAGUUCAUAAUCUCAAGCCUAGAAUCCCAUACUAUUAUAAUUAUAAUAAAUAAAUAAAAAUUGGGAGAAUUUUGAAUUAUUAAUUGGAGAUUUUGAUUCAAUUUUAGCUGAAUAAACUAAACAAUUAAAAAAGGAUAUGUAAGCAAGAGCUAAGGAAGUAGAUAGUGAAAUUGAAAAAUUUUAUUCAAGAUAUUCAGCUGUUAAACCAAAAUAAUUAAGUGAAUUAGAUAGAUAAUCAGCAAAUGAAUUAGCAGAGAAUAUGUUACAAUGGAGAUAAUAAUGGAAAUAAUUAGAUGAAAAGAUUUAGACUCUUAUUAAAGAUCAUUAACAUUUCGAAAUGGAAGUUCCAACCUUUACUUAAUAUGAGAAGGUUAAGGUUGAAAUGACAGAAUCAGAAGUAGUAUGGGGUUAUUAUGAUAAAUUUUAAUAAAAUAUUAAUAAUUUAGGAAAAGAAGAUUGGUUGAGUUUUAGAACUAAAUUAUACAUGUUUUAAGAAUUAUUAUUACAAGAAUAAGAAUAAUUAAAGGCAGAAUUAAACAAAGGUACAUUUACUAAAAAGGAGGCAAUUAUCAAUUAUAUCUAUUCUUAAAUUGAAUUAUAUCUCAAAAUAAAUCCAUUAUUAAAAUUAAUAGUUGGAGAUGCAUUUGAACCUGAACAUUGGACUAAUUUGUUUAUGAUUCUUAAGUAAAAGGAAAUGAAAAAAGAAAAAUUACUAUUCAAAGACUUACUUAAUUGUGAUAAAUUAAUAUUAGAUAAAUAAAAUGAUAUUAGAGAAUUAUAAGCAAGAGCAUAAGGAGAAAUUACAUUGAGAGAAGCUAUCUUUGAAUUGAAAACAUGGUGUGAUACUUCAGAAUUUGAUUUAACUGAUUAUACUAAUAAUAACAGAGUCACUCCAUUAAUUAAAGAAUGGAAAGAAUUAAUGACAAAAGUUAGUGAUAAUUAAUCAUUAUUAGCAUCUUUAAAGGAAUCCAAAUUCAUCAGUAGAUUCAAAGAUUAAGUUGAUUAAUUUGAAUUGAAAUUAGGUGGUAUUGAUGAAUAUUUAUCCAAAUUAUAAAUUAUCUAAAGAAAAUGGGUGUAUUUGGAGCCUAUUUUUGUAAGAGGAGCAUUACCAUAAGAAUAAGCAAGAUUUAGAAGAUUAGAUGAAGAUUUCAGAAAUAUAAUGUUAGGAAUUCAAAGAGAUCAAAAGGUAGUUUCUUUAUGUAGUAUUCCAGGUAUCAAAGAUACUUUGGAUACAGUUUUAGAUUAAUUAGAAAGAUGUUAGAAGGCAUUGAAUGAUUAUUUAGAAGAAAAAAGAGGCAAGUUUCCAAGAUUUUACUUUUUGGGAGAUGAUGAUUUAUUAGAAAUAUUGGGUCAAUCAUAGAAUCCUCAAGUCAUUUAGAUGCAUCUGAAGAAAUUAUUUGCUGGAAUAAAUUCUGUAGAAUUCAGUAAGGAUAAUACUUAAAUUUAUUCUAUGUUAUCAUCUUAAAAGGAAUAAGUUCAAUUUAAUAAUUCUAUUUAAGUAAAUGAUAUUGUAGAGAGUUGGUUAUCAGUAUUAUCAUCAAAUAUGAAAGAGACAUUGAGUUUAUUAUUAAAAUAAUGCUUAAAAGAGUAGAAUAUGGAUUUCAAUAAAUUCCCAUCUUAAAUUCUUUGUUUGUCAGAGGAGUAAUCUAUAUAUAAAAUAUUAAUAGAAUUAAAUUCACUGAAUAAGCAGUAUCAGCAUUGAAUUCAAAUAAGUUACCUUAAUUCAAAUAGACAUAGUUAAAAUUAUUAGAUUAAUAUACUUAAUUGAAUGCACAAUCUUCAAAUAAUUUUCUAUUACAAUUAAAAUUAAAAUCAUUGAUUUUAGAUCUUAUUCAUCAUUUAGAUAUAAUAAAUUAACUCAAUGACAAUAAGGUUUCAGUAUUAUCAGAUUGGUAUUGGUAUAAAUAAUUAAAAUAUGAAUAUUAAAAAGAUGCACAAAUAAUAAUGUGUAAAGCAAGAUUUGAUUAUACAUAUGAAUAUCAAGGAAAUGGUUAAAAAUUAGUGCAUACACCAUUAACAGAUAAAUGCUAUUUAACAUUGACUUAAGGAAUGUCUAUGGGUUAUGGAGGUAAUCCUUAUGGUCCAGCAGGUACAGGUAAGACAGAAUCUGUUAAAGCAUUGGGAUAAUUAUUUGGUAGAUAAGUGUUGGUUUUCAAUUGUGAUGAAGGAAUAGAUUUCAAGAGUAUGGGACGUAUAUUCAUGGGAUUAGUUAAAUGUGGAGCAUGGGGUUGUUUUGAUGAAUUCAAUAGAUUGUUAGAAGAAUAAUUGUCAGCAAUAUCUUAAUAAAUUUAAAUAAUUUAAAAUGCUAUUAAAGAGAAUUCAUAAUCUAUGACUUUGAUGGGUUAGACCUGUAUAGUUAAUAAGGAUUCAGGUAUAUUUGUGACAUUGAAUCCUGCAGGUAAGAAUUAUGGAGGAAGAUCAAAAUUACCAGAUAAUUUAAAGUAGUUAUUUAGACCUGUCGCUAUGUCAAUACCAGAUAAUGAAUUGAUUGCUGAAGUCUUACUAUAUUCUGAAGGAUUCAAGAAUGCUAAGAUUUUAGCAGAGAAAAUAAUCACAAUAUUUACAUUAUCAAGACAAUUGUUAAGUCCAUAAUAACAUUAUGAUUGGGGAUUAAGAGCACUUAAAACUAUAUUAACGGUAGCAGGAUAAAUUAUAUAAGAAGAAAGAAAAUAGGGAAUAACAAUUAAUGAAACAAUUGAAUCAGAGUUACUAAUUAAAUCUAUUAGAAUUAAUACAAUGUCAAAAUUGACUUAUCAUGAUACAAAGAAAUUUGUUUAAUUGGUUUAAGAUGUUUUUCCUAGUAUCAAUAGUUAAGAUAUUAUCUAUGAGAAAUUAACUAAUGCAAUAAAAGAAGUAUUAUAAAGCAUGAAAUUGAGUGAAAUAGAUAAUCAAAUUGCAAAGAUUCUAUAGUUUUAUGAAGCAACCAAAUAGAGAAUGGGUGUAGUUUUAGUAGGUCCAUCUGGUUGUGGUAAAACUACAAUAUGGAAGGUUUUAAAGAAAGCACAUGAGAAAUUAGGAUAAUAAGUUAAAACUCAUGUUAUGAAUCCUAAAUCUAUGCCUAGAAGUUAAUUAUUAGGAAAUAUGAAUAAUGACACAAGAGAAUUUAGUGAAGGAGUAUUAACAGCAUCAGCUAGAUUAGUAGUUAAAGAAUCAGUAGAUGUUUUAAAUUGGAUUAUUUGUGAUGGAGAUAUUGAUCCUGAAUGGAUUGAAUCAUUAAAUUCUGUUUUAGAUGAUAAUCAUUUAUUAACAUUACCUACUGGUGAACGUAUUUCAUUUUAGAAUAAUGUUAAUUUUAUCUUUGAAACUUCUGAUUUAUAAUAUGCAUCACCUGCUACUGUUAGUAGAAUGGGAAUGAUAUUUUUGAAUAAUGAAGAUAUCAGUAUGUAAUCUUUAGUUACUAGAUGGAUUAAUAAAUUAGAAUGUGAAGAAGACAAAAAGAGUAUGUUAUUGAAUCAAAUUGAAUCUACUUNGAUUCAGGUAUAUUUGUGACAUUGAAUCCUGCAGGUAAGAAUUAUGGAGGAAGAUCAAAAUUACCAGAUAAUUUAAAGUAGUUAUUUAGACCUGUCGCUAUGUCAAUACCAGAUAAUGAAUUGAUUGCUGAAGUCUUACUAUAUUCUGAAGGAUUCAAGAAUGCUAAGAUUUUAGCAGAGAAAAUAAUCACAAUAUUUACAUUAUCAAGACAAUUAUUAAGUCCAUAAUAACAUUAUGAUUGGGGAUUAAGAGCACUUAAAACUAUAUUAACAGUGGCAGGAUAAAUUAUAUAAGAAGAAAGAAAAUAGGGAAUAGCAAUUAAUGAAACAAUUGAAUCAGAGUUACUAAUUAAAUCUAUUAGAAUUAAUACAAUGUCAAAAUUGACUUAUCAUGAUACAAAGAAAUUUGUUUAAUUGGUUUAAGAUGUUUUUCCUAGUAUCAAUAGUUAAGAUAUUAUCUAUGAGAAAUUAACUAAUGCAAUAAAAGAAGUAUUAUAAAGCAUGAAAUUGAGUGAAAUAGAUAAUCAAAUUGCAAAGAUUCUAUAGUUUUAUGAAGCAACCAAAUAGAGAAUGGGUGUAGUUUUAGUAGGUCCAUCUGGUUGUGGUAAAACUACAAUAUGGAAGGUUUUAAAGAAAGCACAUGAGAAAUUAGGAUAAUAAGUUAAAACUCAUGUUAUGAAUCCUAAAUCUAUGCCUAGAAGUUAAUUAUUAGGAAAUAUGAAUAAUGACACAAGAGAAUUUAGUGAAGGAGUAUUAACAGCAUCAGCUAGAUUAGUAGUUAAAGAAUCAGUAGAUGUUUUAAAUUGGAUUAUUUGUGAUGGAGAUAUUGAUCCUGAAUGGAUUGAAUCAUUAAAUUCUGUUUUAGAUGAUAAUCAUUUAUUAACAUUACCUACUGGUGAACGUAUUUCAUUUUAGAAUAAUGUUAAUUUUAUCUUUGAAACUUCUGAUUUAUAAUAUGCAUCACCUGCUACUGUUAGUAGAAUGGGAAUGAUAUUUUUGAAUAAUGAAGAUAUCAGUAUGUAAUCUUUAGUUACUAGAUGGAUUAAUAAAUUAGAAUGUGAAGAAGACAAAAAGAGUAUGUUAUUGAAUCAAAUUGAAUCUACUUUAUACAAUAUACUUGAUGAAAUUUUCUCUUAUGAAGAAUUAUAAGUUGUACCAACUACUAGAGUUGGAUUAAUUAUGAACAUUUUAUCUUAGUUAUAGAGAAUACCAACAAAUAAAUAACAAUUCAAUUAUCUCCUAUUGUAAGGGUUGUGUUCCAACUUCUAACCAGAAAUCAGAUUGAAAUUUUAGACAUUAAUUAAUUCAAACCUUGAAUUAAAUGAAAAUGGAGACAAAUAUUAAUAUGUCAAUUAAAAUAUUGAUGAAUCUUAAUUCUCAGAUGUUAAUGAUCCUCCAGUUAUCAAAACUAUUGGUCAUUAAAAAGAUCUCUAAAUGUUAUAAUCUUGGAUUCUCAAUAAUGAUCCAUUUAUUAUUGUUGGAGAAGAAGGUUGUGGUAAGAAUCUAUUAAUCUAAAGUGCAUUUAAAGAACUUAAAAAGACUAUCAAAAUUCAAAUAGCCACAAUCAAUUGUAAUGCUUAAACAAGUGCAUCUUAAAUCAUUUAAAAAUUAAAUUAAAUUUGUGCUAAAGCUACUUCAGCAUUAGGUAGAGUAUAUAAACCUAAAGAUUGUAGUCGUUUAAUACUUUAUUUAAAGGAUAUUAAUCUUCCUAAACCUGAUAAAUAUUAGACUAUUUAACUUAUUGCUUUUCUCUAAUAAUUAAUUACUCAUAGAGGUUUCUAUGAUGAAAAUUUAGAAUUUGUAUAUUUGGAUGACAAAAUCUAAAUUGUUUCUUCAAUGAAUCCUCCUUCAACAAUUGGUAGACAUUAAUUGUCUACUAGAUUCACAGCAAAUGUUAGAAUCUAUUAUAUUGAAUAACCAUCUAAUGAUGAAUUAUAAUAGAUCUAUUAAGAAUAUCUGAAAAUAUUGAUAUUUAAAGAUAAUAAUCAAAGUAAAAAAGGUGCUCAAUUAUUAAUUGAAUGUUAUACAUAAAUCAAAUCUAAAUUCACUGUUGAUGAACAAAGACAUUAUCUCUUUACUCCAAGAACUAUCACUUAAAUCAUUUUUGCCUUAAAAAGAUAUAAUGAUAUAUAGUCAGUAUUCCCAGAAGCAUUACUCAAUGAAUUCAAUAAAAUAUUUAGAGAUAAAUUAAUCUCUCAAGAUUAGUAAUUUAAAUUCGAUUAAUCGAUUUUACCAAUUUUUAAAAAAUAUUACAAAGAUAUUCAAUCUUAAUAAUAUUUUGCAACUGUUUAGAAUCUCUAAACACUCUCAAAAAUUGAAAAAAAAGAUUUUAUUUAAUUAAUUUCUUAAGCUGUUUAAAUUUAUUCGAGAGAAAAUAGAGAAUUAAAUGUUGUAAUGAUUGAAGAAAUACUAUCUCUAUUAACAUCUUUAAACAGAGCCCUAUCUUCAUAGAGUUAAACAACACUCUUAUUAGCUGGCAGAAAUGGUAUUGGAAGAAAAAUGUGUUUAUAAAUAAUGUCUACAAUGCUCAAUUUAGAAGUACUCUAACCAUAUACAUGUAGAGAUUAUGGAAUUAGAGAAUUUAAAAGAGAUCUUAAAUCAUAUAUGGAAACAGCCUAAUAAAAAAAUUGUUUAUUAAUUUUAGAAGAUCAUGUGUUAUUAUAAUAAGGAAUCUUAGAAACUGUUAAUUCCUUAAUUUCAAGUGGAGAAAUUCCAGGAUUAUUUGGUUAUGAUGAAAUAGAUAGAUUGAUAUAAAAUCCAGAAGAAGUAAAGAGAGAAUUUUAUGGUAAAACACUUUAUGAAGCAUUUCAUGAAAGAGUAAAAAGAAAUAUGAAAAUUGCUUUAGUGAUGGACAACACUAAUCAUGAAUUCUAAACUAAUUGUGCUUAAAAUCCAGCUUUAUUUACAAAUACUACAAUUAUAUGGUAAAAUUAAUUAUCAAAAGAGAGUUUGUUAUAAUUUAUGAAAAAAUAAUUAGAAACUUAAAAUACUAAUAGCACUGUUAGUGAAUAAUUAAUUAGUUAUGCAGUUGAAAUACAUAGAAAUUAAAAAGCUGAUCCAAGAAGCUUUUAAUCUUUAACAUAAACUUAUAGUUUAAUUAUGGAUAAGAAAAUGUAAUCAAAAGGAUCUUAAGCAGAUCAUUUACAAAAAGGUCUUGAGAAAUUAUAAGAAGCAAAUAAUUUAGUUAAUAAAUUAACUUCAGAAGCUUAAGAAAAGAAAGUGUUAUUAUCUAAAAAACAAUUAGAAGCAGAUGAUGCUUUAUAAAAGAUAUCAAAAGCUAUGUAAGAUGCAGCUGAACGUAGAUAAGAAACAGAAUAAUUAUAAAGAUAUUUAUAAGAAGAAGAAGGCAAAAUAAAAGUAUCAAAAGAUAAAGUUGAAGAUGAAUUAAGAGAUGUUAAUCCUUUAGUAUAAGAAGCAUAGAAUGCAGUUAAAGGAAUAUCAAAAUCACAUUUGGAUGAAUUGAAAUCAUUAGCUUAACCUCCUGCUGCAAUUUAUGAUGUUUUAUGUGCUGUUAUGAAAGUAUUUAAGUAGACAGAAAUAAAUUGGAAAGCAAUUAAAAAAUUCUUAGGUAAUAAAUAAGUAAUUGAUUAAAUUAUUGACUUUGAUCCUCAUAUGAUAACAGCUGAUAUUAGAAGGGAUGUUGAAGAAGAAAUUGCAAAGCAUUCAAAUUCUUUUGAAAAAUAAAACAUUUACAGGGCUUCAAUGGCAGCAGGACCAUUGGCUGAAUGGGUAAAAGCAAUAUUAAAAUAUGCAACUGUUUUAGAGAAGAUAGCACCAUUAGAAAAAGAAUUAUCAAUGAUUAGUAAAAAAUUGGAUUCCUCUAGAAAUAGAUUGAAAUAAUGUUAAGAUGCAUUAAAUUAACUUGAUUAAAAAGUUUAAGAAUUAAAGAAUAAUUUUGCAUCUAAAACUAGUGAAGCAGAAUUACUUAAAAGAGAUUUAGAAAAAGCAGAACAAACAGUGAGUUUGGCAUCUAAUUUAUUAGAUAAAUUAUCAGGAGAAAAAGUUAGAUGGUAAUAAUAACAUGAUUUAAUUACUUAAGAAUUAAAACAAUUUCCUUUAGAUUCUUUAUUAUCUGCAUCCUAUAUUACAUAUUUAUCAUCAUAAGAUGAAAAUGUUAGAUCUAAGACAUUAUAAGAAUGGGUUCAUUUAACAAAAUUAUAAUAAUAUGAUUUCUUAAAAUUUAUGUCUAAUGAGAGUCAAAUAUUGAAAUGGAAAACACUAGGAUUACCAGGUGAUUAAUUAAGUAUAGAAAAUUCAGUUAUGGUAUUCUCAUCUUCAAAGGUUUCUUUAUUAAUUGAUCCUAAUACUUAAGCUACUGAAUGGUUAAAGAAAACUUUAUCAGGAGCAGAAAUAUUAAAUCAAACAGAUCCUAAAUUCAAUAAUCAACUAGAAUUAGCAGUUAGAUUUGGUAAAACUAUAGUGAUUUAAGAAAUUGAUUAAAUAGAAGGAUUAUUAAUUCCAUUAUUAAGAAAAGACUUAUUACAUUAAGGUCCUAGAUGGAUAGUAAUGAUAGGAGAAAAAUCUGUAGAUUUUAAUGAAAAUUUUGUUAUGUAUUUAACAACCAGAAAUUCAUCUAUUCAUUUACCUCCACAUACCGUAUCCUUAGUUUAAGUUAUAAAUUAUACUGUUACUAGAAGUGGUUUGGAAGGAAAAUUACUGAGCAUUAUUAUAAAUAUAGAAUAACCAGAUUUGGAAUAGAAAAAGCAAUAAUUAUUAGAAAAUGAAGAAAAAUUGAAGAUGCAAUUAGCUGAUUUGGAAAAGACACUUUUAGAUGAAUUGGCAAAUUCAUAAGGAAAUAUCUUAGAGAAUAGAGUAUUAAUUGAUAGUUUAAAUUAAACUAAAUCAAAAUCAUAAGUUAUUGCUUAGAGUUUAUAAGAAUCAACAAAAUUGUAGUAAGAUUUAGAUACAUAAAGAGAUGUUUAUAGACCAUUAUCCUAGAAAGGUGCUCAAAUCUUUAUUCUAAUUUAAAGUUUAUAAAAUUUAAAUAAUAUGUAUAAGUAUUCAUUAGCAUAUUUUAUUUAAAUAUUUUAAAAGACUUUAGAUAUUAAAGAGAAUUUUGAUUCAAAAUAAAAGAAAUUAGAAUUUGCUGGAUAAAGUUUAUUGAGAAAUAUCUUCAAUUAAAUAGCUGGUUCAUUGUUCAAAUAAGAUAGAUUAAUAUUUGCCUUACAUUUAGUAAAAGGAUGUAAACCUGAAUUAAUUGAGGAAGAAGAAUGGUAAUUUAUGAUUGGUAAUUAAAUACCUAAUGAUAGUGCUCAACUUCCAAAAUGGGCAUCUUAAGAUAGAAGGGAAAUAUUUGGAUAAUUAUAGAAUCUUAAAUUAAAUAUUAAUUUUAAUUCAAGUGAAUGGGAAUAAUGGAAUAAUAAUUAAGAAUGUGAAAAAAGCUUUCCUUAAUCUACUAAAUUAAAACCAUUUUAAAAAGUUCUUAUUGUAUAAACAUUUAGACCUGAAAGGGUUUAAAGUGCAUUGAAUGAAUUCGUUUGUCCUAAUUUAGAUAUACCAAGUGUUAGUGGUUAGACAUUUAAUUUUUAAACUGUUGCUUAAGAAGAAUUGACAGCUUAAAUUCCAUGUUUAUUUGUUGUUUCAGCUGGUAGUGAUCCUUCUAAAGAACUUGAAGAAUUUGCUGAAUAACAAAUAGGCAAAUAGAACUUUUAAGAAAUGUCUAUGGGAGGUAAUCAAAAUGAAUUAGCAUUAACAUUGAUAAAAGAAGCUGCAUAAAAAGGUUAGUGGGUAUGUUUGAAGAAUUUGCAUUUAGUUAUUAGUUUCCUUCCUUUAUUAGAAAAAACCAUUAAAUAAUUAAAACCACAUCCUAAUUUCAAAUUGUGGCUUACAACUGAAGCUCAUUUGAAAUUCCCAUCUAUUCUUCUUGAAACUUGUUAUAAGGUGUCAUAUGAAGCACCUCCAGGAUUAAAGAAGAACUUAUAAAGAAUUUUAACUAGUUGGCCCACACAUAAUAAAUAAUCUGUUUAUUAAACAUAAUUGCUGUUCAUCUUAACUUGGUUCCAUGCUUUAGUUUAAGAAAGAAGAACUUAUAUCCCAUAAGGUUGGAGUAAAUUCUAUGAAUUUUCAUAUGCAGACUAUAAAGCAGGAGUAUAAAUAAUUGAGAAUCUAUUAUAAGAGUCUUAAACAAUUUCUUGGUAAACUUUAUAUGGAUUAUAUGAAAAUGCCAUUUAUGGUGGUAGAGUAGAUAAUGAAUAAGAUAUAAAGGUUUUGAGAGCGUAUUUAGAAACAUAUUUCAAUUAGAAUAAAUUAUAAAAUGGAACUCUUAGUACCGGUUAAUAAAUACCUUAAACUAAUUAAGUUAAAGAUCUAAUUAAUUUAAUUAAUAAAUUACCUGAAAAUGAUGUUCCUGAGUUUUUUGGUUUGCCUAAUAAUAUUGAUAAAGCUGUUUAAAGAUAUACAAUAUAGAGAGUUGUCAGUGGAUUGAAAUCUAUGACUAAUAUAGUAGGAUCUGAAAUUAAGUUUGAUAAAGAAUUAUGGACUAAUUUGUUAAGUCCUCUAAUUAAUAUGUGGGAUCAAUUAAAAAUAAGAGAUACUAUCUAAAUUUCUAAUUAAUAAUUAGGAUCAUUAGAUCCCAUAGAAUCAUUUAUUUAUUUAGAAGCAUAAUAAACAUGGAAUUUGUAUUUGAUCAUCAAUCAUUCCUUUGAUAAAUUGAAGAAUGUCUUAUAUAAUAAUGGUUUAUUGACUAGUGAUAUUAUAGAUAUUGGAUUAUUAUUUAUCAAAGAUAUUGUUCCUUAGAAAUGGAGUAAUUUCUGGGAAGGACCUGAUGAUAUUAAUUUAUGGUUGAAAAUAUUUAUUAAGAAAAUGAAUGCUAUUAAAUUAUGGAUUGAAAAGAUAUAAAGAAAAUAAUAAUUAGAUGAAGUUGAUUUAAGUGAGUUAUUCCAUCCUGAAAUAUAUAUGAAUGCACUUAGAUAAAAAACUGCUAGAAAAUUAAAUAUUCCAUUAAAUGAAUUAAAAUUAUAAGCAGAUUUUGACAAUCUUAAACAUCCUCUUGUAGUUAAAUUAAGAAAUCUAUUAUUAUAAGGUUGUGGAUUUUCUAAUGGUUAAUUGAUUGAUGAUAUGAAAAUAACUUCGGAAUUUAUUUAAUUACCUCCUUUGAAUAUCUCAUAUGUGGAGAAAUCAUAACCAGAAAAGAAUGGAUUAGGGGUAAUUUUAAUAUUUUAUAAUAUUUUUAGGAUUUCCCAAUUUAUUUAAAUGCCAGCAGAGAGAAAUUACUAUGCAGAAUUAAAUUACUACAAUCUGGUCAAAUGAAUGAUAAAAUCAUAGCUGGUGUUGCAUUAUUUUUGAGUUAAAAUGAUUGA